GUAGCCGGCAUGCGCACGAACCCGCCUUCUCUUUACUUUCAACAUGGCGCCGAUGUUGGUGCCGCUAAAAUGCGGCUUUAAUUUCCAAAGACAAAAACUGGCACUUCUUCUUCAAAGGACAUGCUCAUAUCACAUUUGGAGUAGAAGCCACGGCGAGAACGUGACGAAGUAUACGCGACAAAGUUCUUACCUGCUGAGUACGCCGCCACACUCGCGAACGAGCACGUGGAAUGCAAACACAAGUGAAAGCCGUCGACGCAUUUUGGAGGCAGCGAAACAUUUGCAGGUUACCGACAAACGAACAUGCUGGCACGGAAAUGCAGGAGGAGGUCUCAGUGCAGACCCCAAAAAUGUGCUGAAAGAGGUGAACUCAACCAAGAUCCUGUCUGCCAUGCUUUCCUAUGUGUGGCCAAAGGACAGACCUGACCUACGGGCCCGGGUUGCCAUCUCUCUGGGCCUGCUCGCUGCAGCCAAGAUCACCAAUGUGACGGUGCCCUUCAUGUUUAAGUAUGCAGUGGACGAGCUUAACCAGAUGUCGGGACACAUGCUGAACCUGAACGAUGCGCCAAGCACUGUGGCUACCAUGGCAACGGCCGUGCUGAUUGGCUAUGGCUGUUCACGGGCCUGUGCAGCCCUCUUCAAUGAGCUUCGAAACAUGGUAUUUGGCAAGGUGGCCCAGAGCUCCAUUCGACGCAUCGCCAAGAACGUCUUCCUCCAUUUGCACAAUCUGGAUCUCGGCUUCCAUCUCAGCCGCCAGACGGGAGCAUUGUCCAAGGCCAUCGACCGUGGCACCCGAGGCAUCUCCUUUGUCCUAAGUGCCCUCAUCUUCAAUCUGGGUCCCACUGUCUUUGAGAUGGGCCUCGUUAGUGCCAUCCUGUUCUACAAGUGUGGUGGAGCAUUCACGGCUGUGGCCCUGGGUACAUUAUCCACUUACGCCCUUUUCACAAUUCUUGUGACACAGUGGAGGACCCGUUUCCGCAUAGAAAUGAACAAAGCAGACAAUGAAGCAGGCAACGCAGCUAUUGACUCGCUCCUUAAUUACGAGACUGUUAAGUAUUUCAACAAUGAGAAGUAUGAAGCUGAACGGUAUGAUGGCUUCCUGAAAACCUAUGAGUCAUCGUCGUUAAAAACCACAUCCACGCUUGCAAUGCUCAACUUCGGCCAGAGCGCCAUCUUCAGUGUGGGCCUCACCGGCAUCAUGUUACUGGCCAGCAAGGGCAUCGCAGCAGGCACAAUGACGGUGGGGGACCUGGUGAUGGUGAAUGGCCUGCUCUUCCAGCUCUCCCUCCCUCUGAACUUCCUGGGCACAGUGUACAGAGAGACCCGGCAGGCUCUUAUAGACAUGAACACGCUCUUCACGUUACUCAGCAUCGACACAAAGAUCAAGGAGAAGGAUCUGGCCUCGCCUUUAACCAUCACACCACAGGAGGCCACCAUUCGCUUUGAAGAUGUAUAUUUUGAGUACCUGGAAGGUCAGAAAGUCCUGAAUGGGGUGACCUUUGAGGUGCCUGCUGGGAAGAAGGUAGCCAUAGUCGGUGGCAGCGGGUCCGGGAAGAGCACUGUUGUGCGGCUCUUGUUUCGCUUCUAUGAGCCCCAGCGGGGGAACAUCUAUAUUGCAGGGCAGAACAUCCGAGACGUCAGCCUUGAGAGUUUGAGGAAGGCUUUGGGGGUCGUGCCUCAGGUCUGUGACGCACCAGUACAAGAUGCCGUUCUGUUCCACAACACCAUUUUCUACAACCUGCAGUACGGGAACAUCAACGCUACACCGGAAGAUGUUUACCAAGUGGCUCGUCUUGCAGGCAUCCAUGACGCUAUCCUUAGGAUGCCACAUGGCUAUGACACCCAAGUUGGGGAGCGAGGUCUCAAGCUGUCAGGCGGGGAGAAGCAGCGUGUCGCCAUCGCCCGUGCAAUACUCAAGAAUCCGCCCAUUCUCCUGUAUGACGAGGCCACAUCAUCUCUGGACUCCAUCACAGAAGAGAACAUCCUGAGCUCAAUGAAGGAGAUGGUGAAGGAAAGGACGUCAGUAUUCAUCGCCCACAGGCUUUCCACCGUCGUCGACGCGGACGAGAUUGUAGUGCUGAGUGAGGGUAAAGUGAAAGAGCGAGGCAACCACGAAAUGCUCCUCAACACCCCGGGCAGCUUGUACGCCGACCUGUGGAACACCCAGAACAGCAAAAUCCUGAACAGCAGCAAGAACUCGAUCCAGACGCCGCCCGAGCGCCUCUCCCAGAAGGAGGAGGAGAGGAAGAAACUGCAGGAGGAGAUCCUCAACAGUGUGAAGGGCUGUGGGAACUGCUCCUGCUGAGAGAAGCUGCUACCUCCAAAUAUCAUCAUCAUCAUCAUCAUCCUCCACACACAGAUGGCCCAAGCUGGAGUCCGCGAUCUGUGAGGUAUUUGAGGAGGGAAAGUGGGGGAUGCGUCCCCUUUACGCAUGCCAGCCAAGCCCCAACCGGCAUGGCUGUGCUUCCUCCUCCUGCUUUUCCCUUCUCAUCUGAAUAAAGGCUAUUGCCAGUUGAGGAGGAGCUGAACAGACAGGGUGUGCUAAGUGCUGGCUGGCGUCCAAAGCUUCUAUAUGUCAGUUUCCUCAGCUGAAGCCAAGAAUAAGAGACCUUGUAUAUCACAUACGUGCACGCUAGACAUCUGCUAGACAACAUGGUCGCUCUCCCUUCCCUGUCUUCACUUUGGACAUCGGGUUUAUUGACAUCUUUCUUCACACUGGAAACAGAGGAGUGUAAUGACGUACAUAUGCCUUGAUUCUGAUACACUUUGUACAGCGUGUUUUUUAAAGAUUAUUUACAAGAUUCAUUUGACUUUUAAUAAAAGAGUGUAUAUAUUAAUGAUUUAGAGUUGCAAAAGUGGCCUCGCUUAACUUCAUUCCCAGUGUUUGAGCACAGUUACACUUGAAAUGUCAGCAGACUUGACUGAAAUGUUAAAUCGGUCUUAUUAUCCUUUUAUAACGCAACUUUAGGUGACUCUCUGGAGUUACAAGCACAAUGCCCCCACAGCCUCCCCCAAGUGAACUGGCAGAAUGUCACUGAUGAUUUGGUGUAAAAAUAACACUGCAGGAACGUCUAAUAAAUCAUGAAUGGUUUUCACCGCAGCAGGAGCCGCUUUCCGAGGCCUCUGGAGAACAUCACAUCGUUUAGCCUUGACGCAGCUAUUGUGAUGAGCGUUGUUGUUGUCAUUUUAGCUACUAAUUACACGACGUUGAUCAGAAAGCACUGAAGGUGACAUGUCAUGUAUGACGUGUGUGGCCUCCUUUUUAGAGGACUGCUUUGUGAUGUGCACAUUUUGUUUGAAUCCCUGCUUGUAUUGUGACUAUAAUGACAAUAAAAUGUUA